AUGGCAGGCGAGAGGGCUGAGUAUGAUGGGAUUGUCAGCGGGCAAGAGUUAAUCUAUCAAUUCCAGGAAGAUAGUGACGAUCUUGGUGUGGAGAAGGAAUACGAAGAAAACGAGGCGAACUCUCUUAAGCUCCGGAACUUUGUCGAGGAUGAGCUCUACCAAUCUGACGGGCAGAUGCAGUAUAGAGGAGACGAGGAGAUGAGGCUCCGAUAUGGGCGGAAGAAGAAGGAGAAAAGAAAGAAAAAGAAAAACGAUGAGAACAAGAGGCCUUCGAACAGAAAGAUAGUGAAUCUUCCUGCAUCGCCCCCUUAUGUGCGAUUUGUCGAUGGGGAGGAGAGAUUAUGCUUCAAGUAUGUGACGAAGGUGAGCGAGUCUGCCCGGGAUGCAAUGCCGAAGGCGGAUCUUGAAGACAAUGAGUUCUGUGUAAGGUUUGACCUUGACAGUGUUGACAUCAGCAAGCUGAAUGAGAAGUUCAAGGCAGACAACUGUGUGUAUCCCCGAGCGAAUCUUCCGUAUGAGAUGUACACUGGAAAUAGAUGGGGAUUUGAAACUGAGUGCAAUCGGCUUGCAUGGCAGUUCGUUUCGUUGAACCCUGUGCUUCUGUAUGGGAAGAAGGGGCUUAUCCAGAGGGCUGUUGACUCGUACAGGACGAUUAACAAGCAGAGCAGAAACAAGAGGAUUGUGAAGGAGGACAGGUUUCCAAGUGACAUUGAGAAGAGAAGGCAUGUUUCUGGAGCGCCUUCGACGAUCACGAUACAAUGGACGAACAGGGGGAUUCUGAAGAAAUGCAAAGUCCAGGUCAAUAUUGAGAAUAUAAAUUAUGGGAAGAUUGAUGACGAAUUCAAGUCGAAGUUCUCUGUGUUUAUGGAUGACUUUGACGACAGGUCCUUUGGGAGAAGCAAGUGGGAAAGCCAUAACUCCGACAAUGAGCUUGCGGUGAAGAUAGCCUUUCUCAAUGUCGAGAACACGUCGUUUUGGAAUGCCAUCAAGGCGCUCGACAAGACGACUGUGCUCAAGAAGGCCAUUGAGGCAUACAAGCAGAAGAGAGAUGAGUAUGUAAGCUCGGAGGACGACACCGAGAUGUCCGACGUUGUUGCAAGCACCCUGGGAAGCAGCCUGGGAAACUCAAAAAGUUGUAAUGUUGAGAAUUUUUAUUUUGGUAAUUGA